UUUAGGGACUAAAAAUGAUUUUUAACUUAAAAUAGAAUUUUGAAGAAACUAGAGGCUAAGACAAAUGUUCAUAUAUUUUCCAAAUUUUUUCCUAAAGAAAUUUAAUCCAAUGUCAUACCUUGGUUCCAUCGAGAGGCCAAAGAAUCGAUGUCCACUAAUUGUUAAAUUUGAAGCCUUGAAGUUGACAAUAAUUGUAAGAUAAUCUAAUAAAUAAUAUAUCGGGUGCGUGCUUUCCAACUAGCUCCUCCAUUUUAUGCCUUAGUUUAUUGCUCUUGUUCUUGUAUGUACACUCCCUUUGCUGCCAUUUCAUAUUCUGUCCAUUCACAAAAUGACAUUACCUUCUGCCUAUAAAUAAUAUCUUCUUCUUCUUCUAGGAAUUGCAAAGCUUAACUAAUCAGUCUGCCGCCAUGGAUGUCCAGAAAGUUAGAGACACAACCACAAGCAUUUUGAUGUUUCCAUGGAUUGGCUAUGGCCAUAUCUCUGCCUAUUUGGAGCUAGCCAAAGCCCUCUCUAGAAGAAAUAACUUCUAUAUCUACUUUUGUUCAACUCCUGUUAAUCUUGACUCCAUUAAACCAAAGCUAAUUCCUUCUUCUUCUUCUUCUUCUUCUUCAAUCGAAUUUGUGGAGCUUCAUCUUCCUUCUUCUCCUGAAUUUCCUCCCCAUCUACACACAACCAACGCCCUCCCCCCUCACCUUACGCCCACUCUCCACCAAGCCUUCGCAGCGGCUGCCCCACGCUUCGAGGCAAUUUUACAAACACUUUGUCCGCAUCUCCUCAUUUAUGACUGUCUACAGCCGUGGGCUCCACGAAUCGCUUCCUCCCUCAAUAUUCCCGCCAUCAACUUCAAUACCACUGCAUCUUCCAUCAUUUGUCACGCUCUUCAUAAUAUCCACUACCCCGAUUCUAAAUUCCCACUCUCGGAUUUUGUUCUUCACGAUUAUUGGAAAGCCAAGUACAUAACCGCUGAUGGAACCACUACAGAAAGAGCCCGACGAGUUAGAGAAUCCUUUCUGUAUUGCUUGAAUGCUUCUCGCGAUGUAACUCUAAUCAAUAGCUUCAGAGAGAUGGAGGGAGAAUACAUGGAUUACCUCUCUGUUCUGUUGAAGAAGAAAGUAAUAGCGGUUGGUCCUUUGGUGUACGAACCGAGAGAGGAUGAGGAAGAUGAAGAUUAUUCGAGGAUUAAGAAUUGGCUGGACAAAAAGAAAGCAUCGUCGACGGUUCUGGUGUCAUUCGGAAGCGAAUUCUUCCCGUCGAAGGAAGAAAUGGAAGAGAUCGCGAACGGAUUGGAACAGAGUGGAGUUAAUUUCAUAUGGGUGGUUAGGUUUCCGAAAGGAGAAGAGAGGAGAGGGAUUGAAGAGGCGUUGCCAGAGGGAUUCGUGGAGAGAGUGGGAGAAAAGGCGAUGGUGGUGAAAGAAUGGGCGCCUCAGGGGAACAUAUUGAAGCAUCGGAGCAUCGGAGGAUUUGUGAGUCACUGUGGGUGGAAUUCGGUGAUGGAGAGCAUAAUGCUUGGGAUACCUGUAAUAGGGGUUCCGAUGCAUGUGGAUCAGCCCUAUAACGCCGGACUUAUUGAAGACGCCGGGGUGGGGGUGGAGGCCAAGCGAGAUACCGACGGCAAAAUUCAAAGGGAGGAAGUAGCAAAGCUGAUCAAAGAAGUGGUCGUUGAGAAAACCAGAGAAGACUUGAGGAAGAAGGUAGGAGAAAUGAGUGAGAUUUUGAGGAGAAAAGGAGAUGAGAAGAUUGAUGAGAUGGUGGCUGAAAUUUCUCUCUUGCUUAAAAUAUGA